AUGGCGGAGGCGCUUGGAGCUCUGUUGGAAGCAAGCUUGGAUCCACGGCGAAACAAAGAAGCCGAGGCCGCUCUUCGACAGGAAGAACAGAAACCAGGAUUUUCGUUGCAGCUCCUUCAAAUCUCGGCAUCCGAAUCCUAUCCUAGCAACAUUCGUCUUGCCAGCGCUCUCUGCUUCAAGAACUUCGUCAAGCGUAACUGGACCAAUGAGGAUGGAAACUGGAAAUUACCUCAGAAUGAAGUGGAAACAAUUAAGCGCGAGCUGAUCACCUUGAUGAUCUCUGUUCCGCCAUCGAUCCAGACUCAAUUGGGCGAAGCCGUAAGCGUCAUCGCGGACAGUGAUUUCUGGGAGCGAUGGGAUACUCUCGUUGAUGACCUUGUCUCAAAACUUUCCCCGUCGAACCCUACCAUGAACAUUGGCGUCUUGCAAGUCGCGCACUCAAUCUUCAAGCGCUGGCGACCUCUGUUCCAGUCUAAUGAGCUCUACAUCGAGAUCAACCAUGUUCUGGAAAAGUUUGGUACACCAUUCUUGUCAUUGUUCGAGGGUCUCGAUGCUUAUCUCGAACAAAACAAAACGAAUAAGGAAAAUCUCACCCGGGGCUACACGCAGCUCAACUUGAUGAUCAAGCUGUUUUAUGACCUUUCCUGCCACGAUCUUCCUCCCAUGUUUGAAGACAACAUUACCGGGAUAGCCCAGAUUCUUCUCAAGUACCUCACGUACGACAACGAACUUCUACACACCGAUGACGAAACUGAGGCUGGUCCACUGGAAUAUGUUCGGGCUGGUAUCUUUGAGGCUCUGACUUUGUACGUUCAGAAGUAUCUCGAUGCCUUUGGGCCCCAUGUUGGACAAUUCAUCCAGAGCUCUUGGGGCUUCUUGACAACCAUUGGCCAAGAAACCAAGUAUGACAUUCUCGUCAGCCGGGCGCUCCAUUUCUUGACUUCAGUUGCUAGUAUGCCUGAGCACGCGGCGUCUUUCCAGGCCGAAGAGACUCUUGGGCAGAUCAUCGAAAAGGUCAUAUUGCCCAAUGUUAGCCUGCGCGAUUCAGAUGAGGAGCUCUUCGAAGAUGAACCCAUUGAAUUCAUUCGUCGCGAUCUCGAAGGCUCCGACAGUGAGACCAGGCGACGCGCCGCCACGGACUUCCUUCGACGACUAGCUGAGAAGUUUGAGGCAUCCGUGACGAAAGUGACGUUGAAAUACAUUGAGCACUAUCUUGCCGAAUACGCAAAGAGUCCCUCUUCGAAUUGGAAAUCCAAGGAUACAGCGACAUAUCUCUUCUCUGCGAUCGCCGCCAAGGGUGUUGCGACUUCAACACAUGGUGUCACAGCUACGAAUAGUCUCGUCAGUAUCACUGACUUCUUCCAGCAGCAUCUGGCCGCGGAUCUUAUUGCCGAUGACGGUAUUCACCCUAUUCUUAAGGUGGAUGCUAUCAAGUACCUCUACAAUUUCCGCAGCAUCAUCACCAAGGAGCAGUGGCAACAGGUGCUUCCAAUCCUGGUCAAACAUCUCGCGUCUCCUAACUAUGUUGUGUACACCUAUGCUGCAAUCGCUGUGGAACGAGCACUCUUCUUGAGUGACGCCCAGGGCCAGCCUGUCAUCCCGCCUGCAGACAUAACUCCUUUGUCCAAGGAACUUCUGGAGCACAUUUUCCAGCUAAUCCAAAGCAACCCGGCUCCUGAAAAGGUGCAAGAAAAUGAGUUCCUCAUGCGAUGUGUGAUGCGGGUGCUGGUUGUCAUUCGAGAGGGCGUUGUGCCCUUCACGGAUGUCGUUCUGGCCAGACUCAUUAGCAUCACCGACAUCAUCCGCACAAACCCCAGCAACCCCAAGUUUUACUACUACCACUUUGAGGCCAUGGGUGCUUUCAUUCGAUUUGCGGCUCCCGCGAACCCUGACAAGCUUGAACAAGCACUUUACGCACCAUUCGCUGGUAUUCUGCAGAAUGAUGUUCAAGAGUUCAUGCCUUACGUCUUCCAACUUUUUGCCGCCCUGCUAGAAGCCAACCCUUCUGCGAAUUUGCCCACCUACUACCAGGAGUUGAUCGCUCCAAUCUUGAUGCCGGUGAUGUGGGAAUCUCGGGGCAAUAUUCCUGCCCUCGUUCGCCUUCUUUCGUCGAUCAUUCCUCGUGGUUCCCAGUAUAUCAUCGAGCACGGCCAGGUUGAGCCUAUCCUGGGCAUUUUCCAGAAAUUGCUGUCUACCAAAACGAAUGAAGGAUAUGGCUUUGAUUUGCUGGAGGCUGUGGUCGCGACCUUCCCACCCACCGUCAUGCAGCCAUACUUCAUUCAAAUCAUGCAAAUCAUUCUCCAACGCCUUCAGAAUUCGAAGACGGAGAACCUAUCAAUUCGUUUUGUGCGCUUCUAUCACUUUGUGACCGCACAUGACGAAAAGGGCUACAGCCCAGAUACAAUCCAGCAGAUCUGCGAGAAGAUUCAAGCAGAUCUUUUCAAGGGCGUCUACCUCGGACUUGUCCUCGCUGACACUCAGAAGCUGGCGCGUCCACUGGAUCGCAAGACAGCCGUCAUUUCAUUGACCAAGACCCUGGCCAACUCUGAAGCGUUCGCGACCAAGUAUAUCAAGGGUUGGUCGUUCACUUGCAACACUCUCCUGAAGCUUCUGGAGAUGCCUCCCGAGGUUGUCCACAAGGAUGAUAUUAUUGAGAUUGAUGCCGAGGAGAUGUCGUUUGGUGUUGGCUUCACUCCACUCAACACUAUUCGCAUGCAGCCCAGGGACCCGUGGCCCGAAACAGGAAUCGACCUGAAGGCCUGGGUCGGAUCUUAUCUGAAGGAAGCUGACAAGAAGAACGGCGGUCGGGUGUCGCAGUUUGCACAGGAGCGUCUUGACGAUCAAGCCAAGGCAGUCCUUGGCAGCUACAUCUCCUGA